AAAAAUUCUUUGCUGGGAAAUUUGUUGAAGAAUAAUAUUUUUAUAAAAAUAAAGUACCUAUUACCGAAUUUAUUCGACUCGGAAUCCUACCAAAAUUCGUAUUUGUCGUACACGUACCUGUUUACAAAGUACGAGCAAAUUUCAAAAUUCCAAACACUUUUUGGGAGAAAAAAGCAAAACUAAAAUUCCUAAAAAUUAUUUUGUAGCAUCCACUUUUAUUUGGCGCAUCCCUUAUUUAAAUCUAUAUUAUUUUAAAUUUAUUAACAAAAAAAUAUUUAAAUAUUUUUUUAAUUUUAAAAUGAUUAAAAUAUUAAUUAAUUUAUUUUUUGUAUUAUUAUUAAUAUUUUUAUUUGGUAAUUGGUAUGGAAAUGGAGAAUGUGUUAUUACUACAAACGGAGUAACGACAUAUUCAGAAGAAGAAGAUUGUAUACAAAUUGUUCAAGGCUACAAAUAUUUUCAGAUUUUUCCGGUUAAUGGAAUAAAAUCUGUUUAUAUGAUAAAUCCAAUUUUGUUAAUUAUUGCUAUUUUAAUUAUUUAUGUGUAGAGAGAGAG